GUCUUUAAUUUUUAAGUCUUGAUCAGUUUUUAGGUGCAGAUUCGUGUCCAUCUGUGGCUCAGUUCAAGACUUCCAGUUAUUCUUAGAUAAACUAUGCUUCAAAAUUUAACUCCUUGCAUAUCGCAUUGCACUUUUAUUUUGUAAAUUAAUUAUGUGUACAAUACAGUUUUAAACAUACACAUUAAAAAUAAUAUUAAUAUCAUAGCGAACAGUAACUCUUUAAUAUAAUAUUGUGUUUAUUUUAAUGUGAAUUUUAGCCUGUUUACUUGGCAAGCUCUUUAAUUCUUCUGUUAUACAUUUUACCAUCCUUGUUUCUGAAAUAUUAUUUUAAUUAUUGAUGCUUAUUAUUUAAGACUUUUAUUCGAGUUUCUAAUUUAUUCAUAUUUUUAAGUACCUACUGAAAAAUAGUCCGACAUCCUCAUUUCGAUGGCAGAUAAAGAAACUUCUGAACCGGAAGAUAUUCCGAGUGACUUUUUUGAUGACUUUAAUAAAGAAGAUUUUAUGGAAGGUUUGAGUGUUAUUGACAGCUGGAACGACGGUGAUAAUCCACGAGAAAGGCAUAUUCUUGGUGAAGAUGUAGACAGAGUUCAAGAUUUACGUGAGCUGAUAAAUAAUGAGGAAAAGGAUAUGGCACCGCAUCAGGAAAAGACGCAACACGAUCAACCGGUUUUAACUCCAAGUAACAAUGACAGUAAAGAAGAUCACAAACCCACAAAUCACCUGGAUGAUUACAUUAAGCCUGGAAGCCGUCGUGAUCCCUCUAAGACCAAAGAAGCUAUAAAACGAGAUAAGCAAAUAAAGGUUAAAGAAUAUCUUGCUAAACAUCUGGAAGAUGACUUGCGGCCACCAGGAACAGAGCUGGAUAGUUAUUAUGAGGAUACUAAGACUACUAAAGUAUUAAAACCCGAUUAUAGACAGGAAAAAAGUUAUGAAAAGCAUGAGAUAUUGGAAUCACAAUCAAGAAAACAUUCAAGAGACUCUCAAUCAUUCAAGAAAGUCAAUCAAAUAAAUGUCCCAAAACAACGUUGGCUCUCACCAACAAAAAGACACUGGGAAGCUUCAAAACACCAAUAUUCUCCAAGGCAGAAGAUCUCACCGCAUUGGCAUCAGUCACCAAGACAACAUUAUUCACCAAGGCAAGAUCAUUCUCCACGAAGGCAAGGAUCACAGCGACAUCAAUAUUCUCCAAGACGGAAAGUUUCACCACAAUGGAAAAACUCACCACGAAGACAAGUAUCACCUUAUAGGCGUCAGCAUUCUCCACUCCAACACAGACCAACAAGCCUACAUUAUUCUCAUCAUUGGAGUCCCCAGCGGCACAGCCCCAUAAGGUCCAGCAGAAGAUAUAGCCCCCAAGAAAGAAGAUCACAUAGAUCAAGAUCACCACACAGACCACUAAGAUCAUCUUUAUCUCGGUCACGUUCUAGAUCUUAUUCUCAAUCUGCAAAGGAUAAAAGAUCCAAUUUCCCUUAUCCUAACAACUACAGUUCAAUUGCUACACAUGAGUUAUAUCAUGGAGAAUAUCAGCAAACAUCACAAUAUGAUGCGACAUAUCCUCAAGCACAGGCUUAUCCUGCCUAUGAUGUAAAUUAUGCACCUCCUCAGCAAGAACCUUUCCCACAACCAGUACCUGCUCCAAUUAGUACUGUGGUAUCCGUAAAUCCUGAUACAUAUCCAGAAAUGGUUCCACCUCCUUUAGUGGUAAAUUCUGUACCCUCCCAAUCAUUAGAGAGUAAACCAAUAUUACAUUAUGAUGCAUUGGCAAAAUUAGUGGCUGAUGGAAAACUUUCCCAUGAAGACUAUUUAAAACUUGCACCUCCCAGUCACAGUUUAAACCAUGGAAUGGAGACUACAGAAAGAAUUUCUGUAAUAAAUCGUUGCACUGAAGCAAUUUCACGUCUUGGUAAUUUGAGUUUGCCUAACCGUUUGAAAAUAAGCCACUUUCCUGGACAAGAACAAAAGUGUAUUGAACCACAGUUUGUUUCUCCAUUAAAAAGACAAACAGCUAUGGAAUUUUACUUCUCCAACAUGAACAAAUCAAUGAUUAGCCAACGCAACAAAGAAGUUCUUGACACAGUUAUUACAACUUUGUCAUUAGAAAAAAUAGUAGCAAGACCAAAAAUGACAUCGAAUAAUACUAAGGAUGUAGCAGUUCAGACAACAAAACCUGUGUGUGAAGUGUGUGAAAUACGUGAAUAUACAAAGUUUAGUGAAGUUGGUACUGCAGUUGAUCCCAAACAUUUCUCUUCAUCAGUGCAUACUCAAGUAUUGGAUGAAGAUUUGUACAAUUCAAAGGCACUUUUCAACGCAAUGGGUGGCAGCAGUGCUCAAAUUUCUUUAGCUCAUCUUACACCGGCGCAGCUUGUGUCACAGUUAGCAGCAAAGGCGAAGUCACUAAAAGAACCCGAUAGUCCUCAAUCACUCAAUGCAAGAAAUGUUCCUAAUUACAACUACUUCAACCGAAGAGGUGAAUAUCCAGAAUCAAAUUUUAAUUAUCGUUACUAAAUAAACCCUGGCUCAGUUUGUGUUUUGUUUAGUUUUUAAUAUCUAGCCAAAACAUUUAUUUUGUAAGAGACCAUGUUUAUUCCUGUUCAUCCUAUCCUAGUAUUAUUAUUCAUAAAAAUGUUUUUAUAAAUGGCAAAUGUUGUUAAGUAAUGGCCUGUUGAUUGUAAGACUGAAAACAUUGUGGUACUUUCAAUUCAACUGUGUACUAUAAUGUCUUCAGGACAAGUUAAACACCAUGAAAUAUAAUGCAUGCGCGCGAUCUUGUGCCUCACAGACAACCAGCUGUGGUGGUGGUUAUAAAUUCAUAACAAUUCUGUUGCUUCUAAUUGAUUCCAGAGUCUAUUAGAUGUCAAAAUUGAUUACCACUACUGCAGGUGUCCAUUGACUGUGCUGUUUUUAUUAAAUGUACAAUAUAGAUGCAGUUUCCUAUAAAGAAUCAAUAGAAGAGCAACUAGAAUGGAAGAUAAGGAAGAACUGGAAAGAGCACCAAUCAAGAGGAUUAUUUAAUUUAGUUAUUAAUGUUCAAUGUUUAUUAAUGUUCUUUAAUUAUACUUUUAAGUGUUAGUCUCAAACUGAUGAAUUACAUUUUUUUGUCAAGAAGUUUUUAUUUGAACCUGAAGAAUUGUCAACCUUUACCUUAUUUUUAUUUCAAAUUGUUAAAACAAGGGUACCAAUCAAAUUGUGGCACUGUAAAUCACUGAAUUUGAUUGAUACCUAUAUAGGUAUCAAAUUCAGUAGUUAUAUAGGAUACCUAUAUAGGUAUCAAAUUCAGUACCUACUGUAAUAGAAAUGGGAAAAUAAAUGAGGAAUAAAUACACUGAAAUUUAA